AUGGUCAGAGCAUCGCCUCCACCAUCACCGCUGCCAUUUCUUCUGUACGAGAAUGAAACAUAUGAAUAUUGCAUCGUUUUACCUCCCAAGGUGAAUUCCGCCGGUAUAUGGGAAAAUGAGGCUUCCCCGUUGGUGAUUUUCAAUUACUCGUUGCCACUUUUGGAGAUGCAGGUUGUCUUGACAUUCGUCAUCACUCAUGCCGGCAUUACCAUAAGCCCUAUGAUGAAUCUACAAUCAUUCAGGAGCAUAUUCUUCAAUAAGGAAUCAAGUAUAGAAGUCAUCGACACUGUAUCGAUGUUCGGUUUCGCAUUAUUUUUGUUCCUAACGGGAGUGAAAAUGGACAUGAAAUUAGCAUUAAGGACAACAAAGAGAUCCGUAGGGAUCGGCGUUGUAUCCCUUUUAUCUUCCAUCUUGGUCGGUGCAGCUAUUAAUGAAACCUUCAAACAACCUAAUCAAACCGAACAAGUAAAAACCGAACGUCUAAUCGGAACAGUGAUCGAAGCGUUAACAUCGUUUUCGGUCAUCGCUUGCCUACUAGCCGAGCUCAAGAUCUUAAAUACCGAACUCGGACGACUUGCCCUAACGUCGGCUGCCGUAGGCGACUUGAGCACCAUGUUUUUAGUCCACGUAAUGUCGUUGUCACGAAAUUUUACCGCAUCACCAUUGUUGGUUAUAGAACGAGUAGUGAUCAUGUUUUGUUUCAUAACUCUCAUUAUCUUCGUGUUUCGUCCAUUGAUGUAUUGGGUAAUUAAAAGAACACCCGAUGGGGGACCGGUCGCGGAAGUGUACAUCACGGCCACCAUGAUGGUUGCAUUAGGGUGUGCUGUAUUUACACAUUGGACCGAUCGAUCUCCUUUAAUCGGUGCUUUUCUCUUCGGCCUAGCUGUCCCUGACGGUCCGCCACUAGGGUCGGCAUUGAUAGACAAGUUCGAAUGCUUUAUCAAUGCCUUCUUUCUUUCGAUCUACGUGAUAGCAUCGACACUGAGGGCUAAUUUUGGGAAUAUGGACUCCUUAGCUUUUGGUCUCGUUAUGAGUAGCAAAGGAAUUGUCCAGUUGUCGCAUUAUUCUACUUUUAGAGACAAUCAGGUUUUAUCAGAAACAGGUUUUACCGCCAUGGUCAUCGCCAUUUUGGUAAAUGCAACUAUAAUCCCAAUCCUGGUGAGGUUCCUUUAUGACCCAGAUUCAAGAAAAUAUGCAGCAUAUGAGCAACGGAACAUAAUGCACUUAAAACCCGAUGCUGAGCUACGGAUUCUUGCAUGUGUUCACACAUCCGAUAAUGUCCCAGCUAUGAUCAAUUUGCUUGAUCUCACUUACCCUACGAGAGAGAGUCCCAAUGUUGUUUAUGUCCUUCACUUGAUCGAGCUAAUGGCUCGUAAUUCUCCGGUGUUUAUAGCUCACCACAAUCAUGAAUCUAGCACCGCCACCACCAAGUCUUUCGAGAAAAUCAUUCCGUUCUAUCGGUACGAGGGGAACAAUUGGGGUUUGGUCACGGUUAACGCUUUCACGGUGAUUACACCGCGAAAGCUCAUGCAUGAAGAUAUUUGCAUGAUGGCUCUUGACAAGCAAACGUCUUUUAUAAUUCUUCCAUUCCAUAGGAAAUGGUCGAUUGAUGGAUCCCUUGAAGAAGAAAAUAAUGUGGUAAGGAACUUGAAUUGCACCGUCUUGGACCAAGCACCGUGCUCAGUCGGGAUCCUAAUCGAUCGUGGCAGGAGGCAGAAACCAAUGAAGCCGUCAUCACCAUCGUCUUGCUCAAUCGGGAUGCUUUUCUUAGGCGGAAAAGACGAUAGGGAGGCUUUAAUGCUGGCGAAAAGGAUGGCUCGAGGCCCUCGGGUGAAGCUAACCGUGACCCGUCUCAUUGAGUAUCAAGAUUGCAGUGACGUUGUAGACUGGGACACGGUAUUGGAUACUGAGAUGUUGAAAGAUGUUAAGCAAAAUAAUGGAGUACUUGGUAAUGGUUAUGACAUAACGUAUGUAGAAGAAGUGUUGCAUUGCGGAUCGCAGACCAUAAAGCUCGUUAGGUCAAUCGCCAACGAUUAUGAUUUAAUGAUCGUCGGUAGACACUACGGGGUAGAGUCGGUACUAUUGGCGGGUUUAUCGGAAUGGAGUGAAUUCCCUGAGCUAGGGAUUCUCGGAGACCUUUUCGCAUCCAUGGAUUUAAAUAGCAGGGUAUCUAUAUUAGUUGUACAACAACAAAUUGUAUAA